AUGGCCCCGAAUAACACCGUCAGUACGGCUCUCCAUGAAGCCAACGACAUCACAAACGCCGACAAACCCUUCAAAUCCACAAGCUGGAAACCUGCCGCCCGUAGAAAUAAAAACCUUAAGCAGGUAUUGAUCGAGGUCAACCGUGCACAGGCUGCCUCCAUCAUAGCUUCUCAGGCUCAAACCGAAGCCAAUACGGGCGAUAACACUCCAAUUCCCGAAUCUACCCUUGCUGGUCUGUCUGCUCGUGCUAGUGCUGCUCAACAGGCUACGGCACUCCAAAAGCUCUCUCUAACAGUUGGCCAACCAGCACCGACUUAUGGCAACAUUGAUGCUGCUCCAUCUCUUCACCCCGCGAACUCGGGUCAUUGGUGCGAUAUCACAGGACUACCCGCAAGCUAUGUAGAUCCCAAGACGAAGCUACGAUAUGCAAACAAGGAGGUCUACGCGGUCAUCAGGGGACUAGGACAAGGAGUUUCCGACCAGUUUUUAGCCGUCCGAGGUGCAAAUAUUAUUUUGAAAUAG